UCAACCUAAGCAAACACCAAACUUUGGAAUCUCAGCUUGCUGGGAUUUCCGCCCCCCCCUUUUCUUCUUUUCUCUGUACCUUCUGAAAAUUUCAUCUCAAGUUGAAGAAAACCCACGUCAAUCUCUAACCGCCCAAUGUUUCUGCCUCUAGUUUUCCCUUGAAGAUGGUCCAAAGAAAGGUACCCAACAAGCUUGAAAUCCAAGCUGAUGAUUUUCAAUCCAAGAAGCUGUUGGUAAACCUCAAUACAUCUUCUCAGAACCAUGAUGGCAAGAACAGAGGAGCAGCAGGAGCUGAGUUGAAGAAGAAGAAAAUGAAGAAAUCAAGAUCAACCAAGCUUAUUGAAAGCUUGCAAUCACCAAGUUUCAAACGGCAAGUACCACAACCCGGAAAACCACCGCCGCCACGGCCGCCUCUGGAGGCUCCGACCACCACAGCAACCCCUCAGAAGCAGUCUCCGACGAAGUCUUCAGACAUGACCCCGAACUAUAUGAAGUCCACAAGCUGUUUUGAUGCUAGGAAGGAGCGUUCCCCGGGGAGUUCCCGGAAUUCUCCAACUGGGUAUGAUCGGAAAAGCCCUCGCCGGAAGAAUUCAAAUUCAAACAACUCAAAAAACAGCUCAGCUUCUGGUCAUAAGACGUCUAGUUUGAAACUUGUGAGGACUUUGACAAAGACUCCAAGUUUCAAACCAGCAAGGUCCACCGCCAAGAAAUGUUCCCCAGUUGUUCUCUGUGAAAACCUUGAUGUUCAGAGAGCAACAUGUUCUUCAACCUUGAAAGAUUCAAACUUUCCAGAUUACCUGAAACUUAAUCAUGGAGGAACAGAAUCAGAAGGAACCUCUGUUAUGAAGGUUUGUCCGUACACUUACUGUUCACUUAAUGGCCAUUAUCAUACUCCUUUGCCGCCAUUAAAGUGCUUCUUGUCAGCAAGGAGGCGUGUGAUGAAGACCCAGAAGAGCAUAAAGUUGGGUUGUCUAUCCCCACGUGAAUCAAGGGCCUCUGGAGAGAGAAUGAAAGAGAUUGAUCCAUGGCAGGGGAUAUUUGAUGAGAAACCUGCAAUUGAGGAGAAAGAUUUCAAUGUUUCAGUAAUCUCUCCGCUGAUACAAGAAGAGAAUGAAGAUUUCUUUGUGGAAAUCUAUGGUAAAGAAAGGGAAGAUAACAAUGAAGAUGGACAUACCAUAAAUGGGUUUUUUGUUGAUGGAGUUAGGGGUUCAGGUGAAGGCUUUGAUGAGAGAGGAUCAGAAAAUGAUGAUGGGAUGGUUGUGGAGAGCUUCUCAGAUGAAUCCGCUUGUUCUGAAAGUGAUUUUGACGACAAUCUUGAAGCUUCUGAUAUGGAGUGGGAGGCAGGGGAAUACUCUGUUUCAUGUGUUGAUGGUGAAGUCGAUAAUCCUAUCCAAUCCAACGAUGCAUCUGAUUGGGGAAAAGGUGAUUCACUGGAGGUUCGAAAUCUUACUUUCCAUGAUGAACCCACCUUAAAGUUAGAUGACAUUGUUAGAAGCUGCUUGGGGGAAAUUCUGGCUGAUGAAAUUCACCAAGAAUUCUUUGAGGAAGAAAGUAAGUGCUCUGAAGCAUUGUUUGUCGACAGAGAAUUUGAAUCGGAUCAUGACGAAGUAUCUCUUCCUGAUGUUGCAUUUGAAGAACCAAAGACCAGAGGAGAAAGAAAUGGAAUAUCAGUAAUGGAUCUUCAACUUGGAGAUGAUAAAACUGAGUGGAUCAUUGCCACAGAAGAUGAAGCUCUGAUUGACCAUGACGAGAACGAGUCCAUUCAAGAUGAUGACACAACUGCAUUUCUGGGACACCAAGAGCCUAAUCACUCUCGAGAUUUCUCUGAACCAGAUCAGAAUGAAACAAAUGAGAAAAACAGUGCAAGCCAAAACAACAUUGAAGUUCACCAUGCUGAUGAUGAUGAUAAUAAUAAAAAUAGAUUCAGUGAAGAGGUGUUUGUUCGAAACCUUCCUCCCAAAUCAGAGGAUUCAGAAACGGAUCAGAAUUGCCUCGAGCAAGAAUUUAUUUUUAUUCAUGCUGAAGGAGGAAUGGAAGAGAAAGAGCAAGUUGAUUCUGCAAAGUGUUCGGUUGGAGUUCAAUCUGAUUCGUCUCCGGGCUCCUUUGAAGCUGUCCAGGACAGUACUAGUGAGGACAAUGAUGAAAGGCGGCUUCACGUCAUCCCUAAAGAUGGUGAAUCCAUCCAAUCUAAUGCCGAUGAAUGCGUUCCAGCUGAAUCACAGGAUCACUCUUCUGAUAAGCAAUCCCCUACCAACUAUCUUGUGGGAAAUCAGAAUCACUUGGAGAAAGAUCGAGUUGAAGCUGGGAAUUUCAAAACAUCAAAGACAAUGGACUCCGAAGAUCAGACUCAUUCAGGGAUGACUACACUCGGUUCAUCUCAAAAUAGAGAUCAAGAUGUUGACCAAAUAGAAAUGAAACACUACAUUAAGCCAGAUGAAGAAGAGACACUGUCCGUGUUCGUUGCCCACAAUACAUCCUGCACAGAAACAAAAAAAGCACAAUUCCAUCCAAGAAAUAAUCCCAACAAACUGCCCGAGCCCUGCAAAAACUCGAGAGGAAUAGCUAGAGGCAAGAGGCCUAUCAAGGAUUCGGAGGAACAAAGGGAAUUCAAUCCACGAGAACCGAAUUAUCUGCCAUUGGAGCCAGACCCCGAAGCAGAAAAGGUUGAUCUCAGGCAUCAAAUGAUGGAUGAAAGGAAAAAUGCAGAGGAAUGGAUGCUAGAUUAUGCACUCCGACGAGCAGUCACCAACCUCAUUCCUGCUCGAAAGAGAAAAGUGGCAUUGCUUGUUGAAGCCUUUGAAACGGUCAUCCCAGCACCAAAGUAUGAAUCCCAUCUGAGGCACACUUCUGCUGGUUUUGCCCAUGGAAGAACCAUUCAAGCUUGCAGCUGAUACUACCACCAUGGUGAAGAUCAGAGGAAGCAGUUCAUGCAUAUUGAAACUGUUACAAGUUUGUGGAGUAGCAAAAGCUGCUAAGGUGUAGCCAUGAUCAACAUUUCAGAAGCAACCUACAGUUCAUCAGAACUGAGUGCUUGUUGUGUUCUUUUCCAGAGUUGCCGAAGACGGGCUUCUCCAUAGCUUAAUGGGUGAAAUGCAAGUUAAGAGCUAUCAGUUUAAGUAUUUAUGCAGUGAUUAAUAAAAGUGUGAUGUUUAGAACCUUCAGUGAUCAAUCUGUAAGUGUUUGCUGUUGUAGAGGGUACUUUUACCUUCAAAUAUUUCUAAGUAUUUACAGUUAAUGGUCAGUGUUAUUGUGUGUGUAAUUAUGGGUCCUGAAGUUUCCACCCCAACCCCAACCCCCAAAUCAUUAAAUGAUUAUGCAUUUCAC